CUCGCCAAGCCCUUUCCUGGGUUUGUCCGCGCCGGGCUCCCGUCCUUAAAGGAGAAGCUGGAAGUGUCCUCACUGUCAUGGCGGCCCCCGCGGAGCCCACUCCACCCGAGGCGGCCAAGCCUCUCCUGGGGCUUCUCAACGGCGUCGCUCAGGCCGUGUACUACGGCAACGCGGAGAUCACGGAGGCGCUCCUGAGGGAGCAGCUCUUCCCGGACAUGGCGCCGCAGGAAUUCGGAGUCCUGCUGGCCAAGAUGACGGGCAUCGUCAAGUCGAUAGCAUCUGCUGACAUGGAUUCAAAUCAACUAGAUGCAUUUUUGACUGCACAGAAAAAGAAACCAGGAGGCAUCACAAGUGAUCAAGCUGCAGCUAUUGCAAAAUUUUGGAGGAACCACAGAAUGAAAAUCCGAGACAACUUGAUAAAUCAAAGUAAAUGGGAAAAUACACUCAGAAACUUAAGCUGGAGAGUAGAUUUCAAAUCUCAGUCAAGAAAUAUUGACCAAUUAAGCAGUCCUGUAGCGAUAGUCGAAAUGGAACUUGGAAAAAGUGGACAGGAAUCUGAAUUUUUGACCGUAGAAUUUGAUGAGGUGAAGUUGAAUCAAAUGAUGAAGAAGCUCUCCAAAAUCGAAGAAAGUAUUACAUCUUUAACUCAAGCAUCCUAGUUUUUUAAAAUUAAUAAAUGUCUCACUCAAAAUAACAUUGAAAAGGUUCAUGCCUAUUGAUUGUUUUUACAUUUGUUGCAACGGUAUUUUGUAUCUUCUAUUAUGCCAAAAUCCAGAUAAUGCAGACAAAAAAGUAACUUGUCAGCUCAAGUAAGUGAACCUCAUUAUAAAUUCUUUCCUUUCCUUUUACAUUCUAAAUAAAUAUGAUUUGUGAAUCCACAA